ACUGGGACAUGCGGUAAAGAAUCACAUUCAGUGUUGUUUGAUGCCGGACCAUAUGGACAGAUUUUUAUAGACAAUUCACAUAAAUUAGGAAUUGAUUAUUCAAAAAUCGAAACUGUGGUAUUGAGUCAUUGGCAUUGCGACCAUUCGGAUGGAUUACCAAGGGCGAUUGAAGCAAUAAGUGAAGCGAGACGCGGUCACUCUUCAAAAUUAAUUAUUGAUUUACCGAAAGAUAGACCAUUUCGUCGAGGAAUGAGACUUCCCAAGAGUGAUAACGUAAUGGUUAUUAAUAAUCCCACAUUUGAAGAACUUGAAAAAGCUGGCGGUGAGUUAGUUAAAUCUAGUGAACCUCAUACAAUAUGCUCAAAUUUCUUUUAUGUGAGUGGAAGAAUAUCUCGACAAACUACGUAUGAGACAGGAAUCAAGAAUCAUGUAGCAUACGAUGAAACAUUAUCAACAUGGAAGGAGGACCCGUUAAUUAAUGAAGAAAGAUUUUUAACAGCAAGAAUUAAAAAUAAAGGAUUAAUUGUGUUUUCAGGUUGUAGUCAUGCAGGAAUAAUUAAUACUUUAUUACAAGCUCAAAAUCCACUUUCUAGUAAACAACAAGAAAAAUAUCCGAUUUAUUUGGUCAUGGGAGGAUUUCACCUAGCUGGUUAUGAUCAAGAAAGUAAAAUUAAAGAAACAGUAAGAGAUUUAAAAGCAUUAAUUAAUCCCGCUUAUUUGGCUCCGGGUCAUUGUUCUGGAUGGAGGUGCAAUGCUGCUUUAGAACAUCAAUUGCACGAAGGUGAAGCCGCUUUUGCUGGAAGAGUUGCGCCGUCUGCUGUUGGAAAAAUUUAUAAUAUUUCUUAUAAAUAA